UUGUUGUUAUUCCGCCAGAGAGAUUUUGCUUUACAUAGGGGGCAAAGCGAGCGGUAACUUUGCUGUGUCGCAUUUCCUUAUGAUAGAUUUGAUUAUAAAUAUGAGGGGGUGGAUAGUCAUCUUCCGGGUUCUCCUGCAGUAUCAAUUAUUGCAUUCCAUUUUCUUUCUGUCUUUUAAACUUUACGGAGUACGAGGUACGCCUUUGUAGGAUAAUGGUUGAAAAUACCCCCUCUCCCCUACCGGAAAGAGCCAUCUAUGGAUUUGUCCUUUUCUUGGGUUCUCAGAUUGUUUUUGUUCUGUAUUUAGUGUGGGCCUAUGUCCCUGAAUCUUGGCUGCAUUCAUUAGGAUUGACUUAUUGGCCCCAAAAGUACUGGGCACUUGCAGCACCAAUUUAUUUGCUGGUUGCUAUAUCAAUGUGUUUUGUGCUUCUCUUUGGUAUAAACAUGUUAAACACUGCUCCCCUGUGCUCUGUGGACACUGUUACAGACUGCUAUGCAAGAAGCCAGCAGGAGGGGGACAGAUACAAGGGCGCAAUCCCCAGGCUACAAGAUGUAUCCAUCAGUGAAGUGAAUCGCAUUUUCUAUCUUUCACCACAGAAGCCUUGCUGAUGGAAAAAAAAGAGGAAUUUUAAAGCUUUCAGAUGGAAUCCUAAUCAUGUGAUGGGGUCUGUGGUAAAAACUGCAUCUUGAGUGCAGGGGUCGCUCAGGUGUGCUUUUCGCAGAAAUGCUAAAUUUUUUCGUGGCCAAGAACCUGAACCAAGUAUUUGCUGGGACAAUUAUGGAAGACUUCUAUAAAGAAACAGACUUCUUGUGUCUUGCCUGUCACAUUAACUUGUACGGCUCAGGAGUGCAGUGCUUUAUUUAUUUCAGUCAGGACACAUCCAAUGGUGUGACACACUAUGCGUGUCAAAGCUCUUGCUGUUGAAAUGUGACUGAUUUCUGGUACAGUUAUUAACACAGUAAUUAACUUUGUAGAUGAUGUGAAACGUUGUUUAAAUUGCCCUGUUGGAGCAUGGCUUCUUCUAAAGAGAUCAGACUCAUCUUGGAAAGGACACACUGUUAAAUAAGAUAUUUAAGAAUAAAACUUUAAUAGUUACCUCACAUUUGCAACCAUUUUUGUUAGAACAUAGAAUCUAUAUCGUUACUUUUUUAUCUUAUAAUCACCUGAGAUUCAGAGGAAAUGGAUGAUUUCUAGAUCAGGUUGAUGGGUAUGAGGUGGGCUGUGGUUAAACAGGAAAAAUGUUUACUCUGAGAGAUAAGACAGAGUAAAGACAAUCUUAUCUCCCCCUCUCUUUUUCUCUGUUUCUCCCAGUUUCGAGAUUAAUCUUAUCCAGAAGUAGUACUUUCCUCGCUUAGGGAUGGCCUGUUACAUCUUAUAGUGAGAUAAUGCUGAUUCUUACAGACAAUUUCCAAAAUAAUUUCAAUAAAGUUAUCAAGCCUGCUUUCGUAGAUAAUACUGCAUUUUUCAGUGCUUUUAAAACAUUUUUGCGUUUGUCUCAACAUAGUGAACUUUAAAAAUGACUUCCUUUGUUUUUCACCUGUGUCAAUGAUGGACUGUCAAUUAAAAAAUACAAUGACA